AUGAGCGUUAGACUUGAGGCCUUUGGAAAUUGUAAUAAAGAGAGUAUUAAUCAGUUAUUUGAAGAUAUGCCUGCUAUUAGUAGUAUUCCAAUUCCUCCCUCUUUAUGUGCGCAGUUGGCAAGGUACAAUCAAGGGCAAAGAAAAUUAUGCAGCCCCACCAGUACUCAAUAUCCAUUGAUACAGGGUCUCUGUGGUGUUCCUGAUGUGCCCCAUGCCGCCAAUGUUUUGCUAUUAAAUGCAGAGGGCAGCGGUGUGGGGAAAUUUAAAGAGCCCCCUGUGACUGGAACAGUCUCAGUGAAGUGGGAUGAGGUGACGAAGGAAUCUAUAGAUGAUGCAGUAUUGCUCACUUUCAACUUCCAUCUAAGUGAUGCAAAAGUAACGCAGUGGAAUUCUGUGCUUUGGAAGAGACGGCUUUAUGUCCAGGUUCCAGACGGUGGCAUGUGUGAUGGAUCAAAGGAAUCGUUUUUGCAACUCUUGGAGUUUGCUGAAGAUGAAUUGCAGUGUUCACAUGUCAUUGUUUGCUUUAAUAAGAACAGGCGAGACAAGGUUGCUCUUGUUCGAACAUUCAUGUUUCUUGGAUUUUCGAUGCUUGCACCAGGACAUAAACUUGCCCCUGCUAAUGCGAAUGAGGAGACACUUUGCAUGUUGUACAUCAUCGAAGAAGAAUAGUAUGCCAUCUCGGUACCAUUUCAUUGGAUUGUUUGAAAGUCAUCUAUACAACACCACCUGUAAUUGAAGGGGCUCUUGAAUUUUCCCACACUUAACUUUUCCAAAGUACUUUGGCUUUUUAUACUUACCCCGGCUUCGCUGUUUUUAAAUUUUAACUGUGUAGCAUGUUGGCGGCUGACGAACAUGAGCUCAAUUACAUACAUAUUCUUUUUUGUUUUUAUAAUUUUUAUUGCUUAUUAAAAUUUAUGAGCUGUAUGAUAAAAAUGCUUUGCUGUAACUUUUUAACACUCUUUAUUUUGGGGACCAAGUUAUUUUUCCUUUUAACAUGUAUCUAAGCCCCUGUUCUUUGGAGAACUAUGCAUUCUGUAUUUUCUAGUUCAACAUGUGUAUUUUUUUUCCUGAUAUCUUUUGUCUUAAAAAAAAAUAUUGUAGUGAUGUUCAUUCCAAGUUUAAAACGUUCUGUCUUUCUGAAAAUUAUUGUGAUGUGGUAGUUGGGUGUUACUCUUUUUUAUUUAUCCAUAUUUUUUGUGUACUUACUUGAGACAUUUCUGUAAUAAAGAAAUUUAUCUGUUA